CGGGAAACUGGCGGCCGACGAGAUGGGCACCAGUGCGUCAGCAACAGUCGCCAACGCAACAUGCUUCACCGUGACAAUCCGUGGAGACUCCACCAUGGCCUUCACGAUAACUAAGCGUUCCGGCCCCCGUCCCUGUCAUGUGAAACGGAGUUGCUUCUAACCAUGCAGAAGAGGAAACAAUAUCUAGGAGCUGAAGACUUCUACAAAGGUCUAAGAUUGUUGGAUUCUAAGUUGGCGGCGAUACCGAUCAUCGUCGCUUUUGCACCCAUAAAAGUCAUAGCGGCCGGAGGAUUCGUCGCUGUGGCGCAUCUCAAGAACCGACAAACCACGAAGGACCUAGACUACCUGCUGGAACCCGACUGGGCCAACGACAAUGACAUCAAACAAUCGCUUCGCGAGGCAAUUGUGCAGGUAGCAGAUGAGCUCGGCUAUCCACAAAACUGGGCAAAUGAGGAUGUCGCGCUGUUCGUAACCAAGCAAGCGAGGCAGUUGCUGAUGGACCUUGCGUUGAAACAGAAUAUUGUACUAUGGUCCGGAAACCAAAUAACCGUUCUUUCAGCACCGGUCGAAUGGGCACUGGAACGGAAAUUGCGACGCAUUUACGCGGCAGACCGGGGCCGGAAAGCCGAACUGGAUCUAUCUGACGCGCUGGCGAUGUUGAACCUCUUGAAGAAGGCCAAGGGGAAGAGGCUGGACAUGGAAUAUUAUCGCACAUUGAAUAUUAACGGCUUCGACGUGGUCCCGGACCGAGAGACGAUGCAACGCGUGUCGGCCGCUUACAAGGCAAAAUACAAUGAGGAGGUCUUCUCCUGAUCCUACUAUAGAUCGAUGGUCAUGAUCCGACCAGAUGCGUCACGUGUCGUUGCCUGGGUGCCUCCGUAGCCGUCAGUGCUGGCAACCUCGUU